AUCAAAUUAGAACCAUAAUCUCACACUCGUGUCUUCCACGCAGAUCCAUGCCAUCUAUUUCUACACUCUAAUUCCCCUCCGCUGUGAAACCUCCCAUCUUCUUCUUCCAUGGAUCCUAAAAAGGGCAACGCAGGGACCCUUCUCCUACGCUGUAGGUACAUGCUUUCUCCUCGAAACUCUAACCCCAAGUGCGUUAACCCCAUGAGCCUCUGUCCCACUCCUCAUCUUAACGUUAAACCUUCUUCUCCAAACGGAAGUCCGAUUCUGGCUCACAAUCUCACAUUGUCUGCAAGUUCCUACUUUCAUUUUACACGCACUGGUUUUCUCUUUCGUCGACUACUUCCCAUUAAUCUGCCCGCCAAUGUUCGGUCUUCGUCUCAGUCAUUUUAUCGAAUGCCUGGUCGGCAACAUUAUGUGGUUAGAUUCAGCUCCAUGGCGAGGUAUGAUAGAAGAAGUUCGAUGACCUGCAAUAUUGGUCUGGGGCCUGAGAAACUUGCUGUGAUUGUUGAGGAGAUUUCAAGGAAUGCGGAAGACAUGGAACCCAAACUUGAUAAGUUGAAGCUCAUGUUUUCUUCUGCUACAGUUACCGAGGUUCUUUCUGUUCUGAAUGAUCGUGGUGUCUCUGCAGCACGUUUUUUCGAUUGGGUAGUGAACUCUAAUCCCGGUUUUAAACCUGAUUCCGAAAUCUAUAACCUGAUUGUGAAUAAUCUUGGCAGAUCAGAGGACUAUACUUCCAUGAUUGAUGUACUCAGCAAGCUUUCGGAUAAAGGGUAUUGUCUAACAGAGAAAGCUUUCACCUUUUUAGAGUUCUGCAGCUCUUCUUCUAUGAAGGAUUCAGUUAAAAGAGUAACUGAAGUUUUAAGUUCCAUAAGAGGUUCCUGCAGAAGUUCUGGUAUUCACUCAUUGAUCAAACUCCUCUGCGCCAUGAAUUGCUUUCAAUUCGCAUCUUUUGUCAUGGAGGAGACGAUCAGAAAAACUUCACAUUACAAUUUACUGAUAGCGGCGAGGUGUAGAAAUGGUGAAUUUAGCGAGGUAAUGAAUACUUUUGAUGAAAUGAGAAGACAUGGAUGUGAUCCAAAUACCAAAUCAUACAAUUACUUGCUUGGAAGCUUAUUUAAGAACGGCAGAGUUAUUGAAGCCUGCGAACUUCUCCAGUUGAUGGAAGAUGGUGGUCAUGUUCCAGAUUUGGUUAGCUAUGAGGUGGUGGCCUCCCAUGCUUGUAAAGCUAAAAGAUUGGAUUUUGCAAUGGAGUUUCUGAACCAGAUGUUGUCUGAGGGGCUUAAGCCAAGGCCCACUACUCAUGCAGCUUUCAUUAAAGGAUUAUUUUGGUCUGGCCGAGUUGAAGAUGCGUAUAAUUAUGUUACUGAAAUGAGUGUGAAGGAUAAGUGUUCAAGCAACUGUAAUUACAGCUUAUUGGCUGAUCUUUUCCGAUUAUCAGGGAGGGCGAUAGAAGCAGCCGGUGUUCUUCAUGAGAUGAUGGGGAAGAGACUCAAGCCCAACUUUCCAGUUUAUAUCAAGGCGCUGAAGGAGUUACAUAAGAUUGGAAGGGGAGAUUUGGCUUCAGAAUUGAAAUCAAUGUUUUUAAAGUUUACUAUGGAUGCUGGGUGAUCUGAGGUUUAUAGUGGAGCUGACAAAAUUUGAAAUUGUUUGCUUCCACCUAACGAGCUUAUGGUUGUCUGUGUAAGAAUGGUGAUUGGAAGGUUGCUUAAGGAUGACUAAGUUACAAUGCACAAGUUAGGUGGUUUUGUUUUCUGAAUAUGUGUUUUUUUGCUGGGAACUUUGCAACUUGUUGAAUCCUGAUCUGCUUGUGGGCUAUAACCAAAACAUACUGAUUCAGAUGAAAUGAGAAAAUUUGGGAAAGAGACAGAGCAAAAGAAACAAAUUCACAAAAAUAUGGCUCAUGAUACUGCAGUGAGAGAACAUGGGGAAAAAGAGUUAAAAUUGCCAAAUUCUUGGCUCUCCACAGGAUCCACUAUUUUAAGUUAGGAUCAGGUGUCUCAAAGCGCUACAAAGAAAGCUAUAGAACGAGCAAUACAUGUGUGGAAAGGACUAAGAAAUACAUUUGGCGGUCGACUCGUUGGGGUAGGCGCCAUGUUUCUUUGCAGAUCAGAGUGCUUCACUAACUCUAGACGGCUUGUUUGGGCUGACUGGCUUAUUGAGACCGAAUGUUCUUCUAGCCUGGCUUUCAUGAGGAGGGAUGGCAGCAGAGAAGAUUCUACUUGGUUUUCUAUAUCUUGCUUGGUUUAGUUAACCUUUGAGGUGGUAGCGUGCAGUGUCAAAUGACAGUAGGCACUGGGUGAAGACUAGCAAUGGUGGGUAGCGACGAGCAGUUAGCUGCUGUUAGGGGCGGGAGGGAGUUGGUGAUGGUGAAUGAGGAAGGUGAGAUUGUGACAUGUUCGUCAAACUAUCAAGCUGUCAAACCAAGCCGAAUUGAGCCAAGCCAUCAAGCUGCUAAACUCACGAAUUAACGAAGUGGUCGAAUUGAGUCCUCCUGUUGAAGUGGUUAAGUUGAGCCCACCAAUCAAAAUGGUCAAAAUUAGCUAACUUGUCCCUCUUGCUGAAGUGGUUGAACUAAGC